CAACUCUCAACAAGACCAAAUACUUCUUCAAAAGAACCAAACUCAACACUUCAACAGUUACCCUCUUUACAUCAGGAUAAUACUAAACAACAACAAUCAUUAACUGAUAAUAUACAUCAAUCUUCACAACAAUCUCAACAAGCUAAUGACCAAAAUCUUACUGCAGAUCAA